AGUCAUGGGACGCCGUGGAGGAGUGCUGAGGAAAGCGGAGAGUGUGAAUGAGGGGAUAGGGAGUCAUGAGGAGAGCCUAGUGGUCAGUGCCGUGCAGGACGGCUGUGAGAUGUAGUGUGAGUGCAGGGUACGGGCUGGAGAGGAAAGGCGAUCACAUGUGCGGCUGACAGGAUAUAGACGGUAGGAGGGAGGCUGGGUGCCUGCACAUACAGGGUACAGGACUCACUGAUGGAUAUCAGACAUGCCAGGUAUGGAAGACAGAAGAGGUAGUCAGGACCCGCCCACUGGAGAUCACAUGACUUCAUCAUCUGGAGAGCCCCCCAGAGAGGCUCUCCCCCCCAGGCUGUGUGGACAUCUGGCCAAGCUCUCUGGAAAGGGACCCCUGAGGAGCUUCAAGAACCGCUGGUUUGUGUUUGACCCCAGAAGGUGCCAUCUCUACUACUUCAGAAGUCCUCAGGACCCCCAGCCUCUGGGGCACCUAGACAUCAGUGAUGCCUCUUUCAGCUAUGACUUGGAGGCAGAUGAGGGGCAGUUUGAGAUCCACAGCUCCGGACGAGUGUCCAUCCUGCGGGCUCCUAACCGUCAAGCAAUGACCUUCUGGCUACAAGAAUUACAGCAGAAGCGCUGGGAGUAUUGCAACAGCGGGGCUGUAGGAAAGAGAGACAGCUUGGUGAUCCCUACUGCUGGGCAGGUCCCCACUGGUUUGGUAGCCAAAGAAAGCACAGAAAUCACCAAUGUUCCCUGGAUGAGUAAUUCAGCAGAGCAGGCUCGUGUCCACUUUACAGCUGACAUGUCUACUGGGGCCCUCGGAGAUCAGACACCUGACAAUGGAUCCAGUCAGUCAGGUGCAGUGCAAGGCCUGCUCAGGCAAUGGAGUAAUGAUAUCAGAAACUCUGUGCAGAACCUACGACCUGGCAGAAAUAGCAAUGAGUGCAGGAAGAGUAUCUUUUACACCAAUGAGGAAUGGGAGCUGCUCAACCCAACCCCUAAGGAGCUAGAGGAAUCACUUCUGCAUGAGGAAAGGAGAAGGCUUCCUAUGGAUGGAGUCAAAUGGAAUACAGGCAAACGUCCAUUACUAGGUGCACUGAAGAACAGAUACAGCUCUUCUGGGGAAUCUUUACCAUCCAGUGACCUCAAGAUUGACUGUGACCUUCAUAUGAGGCUUCAGAACCAGGAAGGGGAACUGGAAAGACUUAAGAAGGAAUUGGCCAGCCAGAAGGAGCUUGUGAAACUUUUGCAACAAUCCUUGAAGUCAUCUCAGUAUGAUAAGUACUUUGCCAUGCCUUUCACUGAUGAACUCUCAAAGGACCAUUUUCACUUGCUCCAACAAAAGGACGAUCACAUUCGAGAACUCAACCUUCUUCUGGAGAGGAAGACUUUAGAGAUGGAUAGUCUUCAUCAGGAAAUAGAGGAACUUAAAUGCAGUGUUGGGCAAAUGAAGGAACAGCUCAGCAUGAUGGUUGAAACAAUUCAAGCAAAAGAUGAAGUGAUUAUGAGGCUUUCCAGGCAGAUCAGUGACUAUGAGCAAUCUUCCUCAUUUUCAGGCAGCAGUUCAGACUCCCCAGUUCAGAGAGAUCUAGAAGAGCUGAACCAGUUACGAGACAGUUUACAAGGAUAUAAAGCACAAAACAAGUUUCUAAAUAAAGAAAUAUUGGAGCUUUCUGCUUUACGAAGAACCUCUGAGAGAAGGGAGCAAGAAUUGGAAGCAAAGUAUUCCAAUCUGGAAGCAAAACUAUGCCAGAUAGAGAGCAAGUACCUUGUCCUCCUUCAAGAGAUGAAAACACCGGUGUACUUGGAUAGCCGAGGAAGCCAAGGGCCAGCCCAAGAGGUUGUGAACCAGUUAUUAGAGGAUGCUCUAAAGGUGGAAACAGUUGAACAUCCAGAACAUACAUACAUUAGACCCCACACCAUGAGCAAACAUGACAUUUAUGGAUUCCAGAUCAUCCCUGAAGAUGAUGAUGAGGAAAAAUUGGUGGCAAGAGUAAGAGCCCUUGAUCUCAAGUCUUUGUCUCUGUCAGAUAGCCAAGACAUUUCAACAGUGGUGAAAUGGGAGAACUAUUUUGCUAGCACAGUAAAUCGUGAAAUGACCCGUUCACCAGAGCUCAAGAGUCUUGUCCGCAAUGGCAUACCCCACCAACAUCGCUCUAGAAUGUGGAAGAUGUUUGUGAAUCUACAUAUCAAAAAGCUCAAGGAAGAGAAUGCUCCAGGAUAUUUCCAGAAUCUCCUCCAAAAUGCUCUUGAAAAGCAGAACCCAGCAUCAAAACAGAUUGAGUUGGACCUCAUGAGGACACUUCCCAACAACAAGCACUACACCUCACCCACCUCUGAGGGUAUUCAAAAGCUACGCAAUGUCUUGUUGGCUUAUUCUUGGAGGAAUCCUGAUAUUGGCUACUGCCAGGGAUUAAAUCGGCUAGCUGCUAUUGCCCUUCUUUACCUUGAUCAGGAGGAUGCAUUUUGGUGCUUGGUUACCAUUGUAGAAGUGUUCAUGCCACGUGAUUACUACACCAAAACCCUGCUGGGAUCCCAGGUGGAUCAGAGGGUUUUCAAGGACCUGAUGAGUGAGAAGUUGCCGCGUCUCAAUGCUCACUUUGAGCACCACAAGGUGGAUUACACAUUGAUCACAUUUAACUGGUUCCUGGUGGUAUUUGUAGACAGUGUGGUUAGUGACAUAUUCUUUAGAAUAUGGGACGCUUUCCUUUACGAAGGAUCUAAGAUCAUUUUUCGUUUUGCUCUGGGUUUGUUUAAAUAUAAAGAAGAGGAGAUUCUAAAGCUUCAAGACUCUACAUCCAUCUUCAAGUAUCUGCGAUACUUUAGCCGGACUAUUCUUGAUGCAAGGAAACUGAGUAAUAUGGCCUUUGUGGAUAUGAAUCCAUUCCCUCUACGCCAGAUCCGCAACCGCCGAGCAUACCACUUGGAGAAGGUCCGGCUGGAGCUGUCUGAGUUAGAUGCUAUCCGUGCAGACUUUAUACGAGAACGAGAGACCAACCCAGAAAGGCGGGAUCUCAUAAGUGAUGAUGAUGAGGACAAUUAGGGUGACACGGAGACUGCCAUCAUGGAGAUCACUGAAAAGACUUGAGAAAUCAUGCUGGGCGUAUUUCUAAUCCUAUAGCAGUCUUCUUCUGAAUAACAGUGCAGUAUCAAAUUACAUAGAAAAAUAUGGUAUUUGUGGAUCAGUGAUUGUGGGAUACAAAAAAAAGUGCCAUUUAGUCUUAGGUUAAAGUAGAAUAUCUCAUAAUUUAUACUGUUUGGGUGGUAAAGGGUUUCUACACCUAAACUCUCUUAUUUUUUUUUUAUUUGCUGUACAGUCGGAUGCAGUUGUUCCCUGUUAUCAACCAGGCUGACUUUAUUGUUUAUCAGUCAACUAGAACAGAAAAAUGUCUCUUGUCAUGAUGUUUGCUUUAUCUCUUGUACCUGCAGUAUUGAACUCCAACAUGCUAUGUACAGGAAAAGUAUUAGGAGCACAUGUUAUUAUAAAUAUGGGUUUCUAAGGCAAAUACCACCUACUUAAAUAAAUGCCCAAAAUCCCCUCAAUGCUGUGAUCAUAAUCUGUGCUGACUCUAUACAAAGCACACCAUGAGGACAGUACAUAUAUCCCUUGUCACAUCAUGGCUACCCACUGAAGGUACAUGUUCAACAGGAUGAAAAUAUAAAGAGGUCCAUACACACAUUUGGGCAGUAGCAUUGUUCAUUGUAGAGACAGCCAACCAGAACUUUGCUCUGUACUGACAAGGAGAAAAUACUACAAAAGCUGCCUACAAAUGAGUCCAUUUGAACGAUAUUUUGGUUUGGCUGAUAAUCCAAUGGUCAUGUUUCAAGGUUCUUUUAUGGAUCAAGCAUUGACUUGUUACAGAAUAGAAACCUCCAUUCCCUUACGUCCUAACCAGUAGCACAGAUGGGGUAUUCCACCCCCCGCGAACUGGUUAGGACAGAUGGAAGUUUUAUUAAAU